GGUUGUUUUGUGUCUUUCCAGGUGAGAAAUGCAGGAGUUUUAUUGAUCUGGCCCCGGCAUCUGAGAGAGGUGUCCUUUGGUUGUCAGUUGUGUCUGAGGUGCUAUACAUCAUGCUGCUGGUCGUUGGCUUCAGUCUGAUGUGCCUGGAGCUUUUUCACUCCAGUAAUGUGAUCGAUGGACUCAAACUGAACGCCUUCGCCGCAGUCUUCACCGUGCUGUCAGGUCUUCUGGGGAUGGUGGCACACAUGAUGUACACACAAGUUUUCCAGAUCACAGUCAGUUUGGGACCAGAGGACUGGAGGCCGCACACAUGGGACUACGGCUGGUCCUUCUGUAUGGCCUGGGGCUCGUUCACCUGUUGCAUGGCCGCCUCUGUCACCACCCUCAACUCCUACACAAAGACGGUGAUUGAGUUCCGGCACAAACGGAAGCUUUUUGAACAAGGCCUGCGAGAGGAGCAAACCUUCCUGGACCCGGAGUCCUUCCAUUACUUCCGUGAUUCGUCCGUCCAGUCCAUCUCCAGCUCUAUAGAUGUUUACCCAAGCCAUGGAAGCAGCCACGGGAGCAGUCGUGGGAAAAUGCGCUCUCCGCCGGCUUCGGUGGACCAGGCCGACAACACAGAGUCCCUGGAUGAAGAGCAGUGCUGAGAGGACAUACAUCCGGCACUGCACAGGUGGCCUUCCUCUGACCGGAUAUCUCAGAAUACUGAUUAACUGGGAGGCGAGGGUUUUUUUUAUAUGGAUUUUGAAAACGGUUGAAAAUGGACAUAAAUAACAGUAUUGUACAAGGCAUGCAGGUAUUACGCUGAGCCUUGGUGAAGAUAAAUUGGUGAUUGUAAAUAAAAUCAUGUGGAAAGGGAGCAUUUUUCCUCCGCCAACAGAUAGCUGAAUUAUCUACGGGCAGGUGGGAAAACAAAACGACUUUCUUUUCCAUGAAGACUGAGCAGUGCACGCUGCUAAAGCCGUACCGUAGCAUCUGUCGGUCCCUCGCCCUGACAGCUAGACAAGUUCCUGAGUAUUUACCGGUCUUACACACUAUGUGAAAUGCCCACCUCUCUUGGUGAGAUCUGCUUGAAUAUGCCUUCAUAUUACAAACAGCAGAGUAGAGUACCGUUUAAAUCCUGCCUUCAAUACAACUGCAGCUGAACACAGGAGAAGCACAGCCCAUUUCAGUUGCAGCAUCCACUAGGGAUAAAAGGUUACUGCCACUUGGAUUUUUGUCUUUUUUCCGUGCAUUACUGGGUUGAUUAGCAGCAUUCAAUGACACGAUUUUAAUCCCUGCACCCAUUUUUUUGACAAUAUUAGUAUUUAUGUACAUAUAAUGAAUGGAAUUCUAUCUAUUAAUGAAUGUACUAAAUGUUUAUCAAUGUAUGCACUAUGUCUUUUUCAUUUGAUAAAAGAGGUACAAAAUGG